AUGGCUGAUCAAACUUACGGCGGAAACAGCCUCGCGGUAGCUGAAAAUCCACCGACGCAAACGUCAACGCGAAGAGAAUUCACCAUGCAGCCGCACACGCCACGAAGCCAAACGCCCGGCCGCACUCAAACACUUGCCCGCAACAGCCGCGGCACCCUUAGCCGUCUGCCAGAAUGUGGUGGAGACGAUGGUGAGGGCCGACUCCACGACCGCCAGGCAGAUACUGGUGCGGAGACAGCAGAUGGCGACCAUGAGCGGUAG